GUGGAGGGGGCUGUGCCGGCUCCAGCUGAGGAUGCUAAGUUUGUUCUGGCCGCUGCUGCCUCUGGUUGCCUCUAUCCAUCCAGAAUGCAGGAUAUUCCAGCAGGUGGUAAAAGAUGAAGCUCUCUGUUUACAGAAAAAUGAAUCAAUUUUAUCAGAUUUUGAAGGAUGUCCAGGAGAUUGGGAUGGUCUAAGUUGCUGGCCCAAAGCUGCUUUUGGGGAGGUGGUGAAAGUGGCCUGCCCAGGUUUUUUUGAAGAAAUCACCAAUAUACACGGUUUCCUGGAGAGAAAUUGUACGCAAGAAUCCUAUUGGUCAGAACCAUUUCCACCGUACUCUGUCGCAUGUGGAUUUGAUGAAGGUGCCAGUAAAGGGCCUGAAGAUCAGAAAUCAUAUUAUUCUGCUGUUUGGCAUGUCUACACAGCCGGCUAUGCGACCUCUCUGACUUCUCUCAUCACAGCUCUCCUGGUCUUUGCUGCCUUCAGAAAAUUCCACUGUACACGUAAUUACAUCCACAUGCACCUCUUUGUUUCCUUCAUCCUGAGAGCCAUUGCUGUUUUCACCAAAGAUGCUGUCCUAUUUGCAGAUGAAAACAUGGACCACUGCCUUAUGUCGACGGUUGCAUGUAAGGCGGCUGUGGCAUUCUUUCAGUUCAGCAUUUUAGCCAACUUCUUCUGGCUCCUGGUAGAAGGGAUAUACCUGCAAACGCUGCUUCUGUUGACCUUUGUUUCUGACAAACAGUAUGUGUGGUGGUUCAUUCUGGCUGGCUGGGGGGCUCCCACUGUUGUGAUGUCUGCUUGGAUUGUAACCAGAAUCUACAGACAAAAUACAGGGUGCUGGGAUGACGACGAGGAGAAUGGGAUGGUGUUAUGGAUCAUCCAGGGACCCAUCCUGCUUACUGUAUUAGUUAACUUCAUUAUAUUUGUAAAUGUGAUCAGGAUUCUAGUACAAAAAUUAAAAACACCUGAGGUUGGAGGCAGCCACUCCAACCAUUUUGUGAGACUAGCUAAAUCCACGCUACUUCUGAUCCCACUCUUUGGAGUACAUUAUAUCGUAUUUGCUUUUUUCCCAGAAAGCACUGGAUUGGAAGCUAGACUUUAUAUGGAGCUAGGCUUGGGCUCCUUUCAGGGCUUUGUUGUUGCCCUUUUGUAUUGCUUCUUAAAUGGAGAGGUUCAAGCUGAACUGAAGAAGCGGCUGCGUAAGUGGCAAUACCAAGAGUACUUGAACUUCACGUACAGAAAACGGACUGUAUCCAGAGAAAACAGUCCUAUUAACUAUGUCACACAGUUAUCACUACUGGAAAAAAUCAGCCCUAAGAAAAAAACAUCCAAGUACCAGAAUGGCAUGUCCUCUGUCUGAGCGUCUUAAAGGAGCCUAAAACAUUCCCAUAUUGUCUCCUGAAAACAUGGACUGAGAUGACAGUGCAGAUUAUCUGUUGGAUCUUCAUGAUACUGUCCCAUGUAUGAGAACUUCUUCUCCCAGACACCAUCUGUUCCUUUCACCUAUUACAGAAAAAAAUAGAGGCCAGAUCUUUUCUUCUUCGAGCACUCAAAAUUCACUCCCUUAGAUACCAACUGAUGUAAGUCAAUGCUAGGACAGUGGGAUGGGUCCACUGAUUUCAGUUUAUGCCAUAAGGAAAGUUGCCACCGUGUACAUACAUCCUAUCUACACUUGUUACAGGGGUCUACGGCUUCCCACAGGUUUGGAAAUGUGGCAGCUGGGCAGCAGUGCCACUAUUCCCCUGCCACCCACAGUCCAGACUUCUGGGGAGCCCUGCGGGCUGGAUCUGGCCCACAGUUUGGGGUUGAGCACCUUUGAUCUAGAGGGUUGGGGAAGGGCCUGGGAGCCAACAAAUGCUAAACUUGUUAGCCAUUUGGUGAAACCUCAGAUAUCUUCAUUAAUCUGUGUGCUUUAACAUUCCCAUCUGCAAAAAUGGGGUCAUAUUUUGGAUGAAAUCUUAAGAUCCUUAUAUAAGGCAAGAAUUGCAAAGAUGAGAGUAAAGGGGGUGGACUCUUCAUGAGAACCCUCCUGUGAACUUCCCCUCUGAUUGGUCAUAGUGAGAGUUUAUCCCUACAAAGGAGGAGCUGAAAAGCCUGGUUGCAGAACUAGAAGAUCUUCGGGAGCUAUGACUACUUGAGAAAAGGACCUCUGUCUCCUUGAUUUGGAGGAACAAGGACUUACUGGUUAGGGCAGUAGCUUAAAUCUCAGAAAAACCUGGGUUCAUAUCCUGCUCCAUCAUGGAAUUCCUAGGUCAUCUUCACCAAAUCUGUUCAGUUCAGAUUUUCAAAGGUAUAUAGAUGCCUAAAUCCCCCCACCCCUAUCCAUUUCAAUGGUGAGCUCAGGUCUUGGACUAGAUCUCUAGAAUGAUGUAGAUGCCUAGUGAAAUCCAUCCCCUACAGUUAGGGGGCUAGGUCUUCUAGAUGUGGGUAGUGCUAGAUGCUUAAGAACGAUGUCUGCAAAAGGCAGAACAUCGGGCAGAGAGCGGCUUACGUUAGGCAGUAAGAAAUGAUGAAGAUGGGGGUCAAUCACUGGCAAGCCUGAGCUGCUUCUGGGCAUGUGCAGUAAUGGAGUGUUAAGUACCUAGGAAAUUUUGGACAUGUCUAAAAUUCCCAACAUUGCCUCCAAACUUGCAAGAUAUCAUGACUAGAAACAAGCCCUGCCUGCUUGCUCUGACUCUCCAUUCACUAGAUGCCAACAAGAGUGAAGCCUAAAAUUGGGAGUGGGAUCUCCAAAGCCACUGCAGUUGAAACUUUUCUCAAGAGACCUUCUUGCGGGAUCCAACAAGAUGCCUAAAGACAUUCAUCUAGUCACCUCAAAACUGCUGUUCGGACUGCCCCAACUCGGUGCGCCUAACAACCCUCCAGACACCCUCGCUCUGUCUCCUUUGCCCCAUCUGCUGUGCCCUGAUCCUAUGCUAGGAUCUUUCACCCCACUUCAGCCGCCUUGUUGUGAAUACUGCGUGCUUUCCUUCACCGUUUUAGGGCAGGGCAUAUUGACCCUGAGACAGCGUGGAGAGUGAUAUGCAAAUUGAUUUUGAAUAUGCAAACUAGGCUUUUAAACAAUGAGCACUGAAGAUCCCACUUGGAACAGCACAACACUUGGCAGCUAUUAUUAACACUUCGUCCUAUCAAUUCUCAGGCUGUGAAGGUCUGCUGAUGCCUUCCUUGCUACAGAUGUGACAAUGCUAAUGUGUGUGUAACAAGGGGAUGGGGGAAAGUAUGGCUUCCUGUCAGCAUUUUGUGAAAAACAAAAGGUUUUCACCCAUCCUACACUAGACAAGCGGUGUAGGUAUGUGGGGAGCUACUGCCACCUCGUGGCAUUUGUCAGCAUCAUGCUAAUAUCUGCAGCCUGCUGGAUAAUAGUGCACAAAGCUAUUAGAAAAUAUCCACCAGGUAGGUACCUAGGUACGGGAAAUACUCAAGUGGACUUCCUUUGCAGGCAGUAUUUCCCCAAGGGGAAAGCUCCCUCUGGUAGGUUCAAGUGGGGUUUAUAUAAGGCCUUAUAAUGUGGGUCUCAACUGAUUUGGGGUGUGCAGAUGGGUGCAAUUACACAAGUUAGAAGGGAAGGCGUCUCAUGGUGUUUGCAAACUGAAGAAAACCUCCAACACAAGUUUAACCUUCCAAGUCAAGGGCUCUUUCAGCCUUCUCUGGCUACGAAGAGACAGAAACUUGAGAAGGAGCUACCUCUUGGAGUAGGCAUCACGUGUUAAGAUGUACACAGGUUUGCAGGCUACUGUCACGAUAACCACUUUGCAACAGUGCUGACACAUGGCACGCUCCUGUGGUGAUGCAGUGGUUUCACGAUAAGAGCUUACAGCAGGGUUUUAUAAUAAUGCUACAAUGUUUGUCUGUUUAUGGUUCCUCUCAUCCUCGCCCAGGCAUUGACUUAUCAUUUUUAGUGUUCGUGUUGAAGGGAAGCCCGCUAUCCCCAAAUUAGAACAAAGGGAACUUGCUUUGUUGGAUGGGGAAUAAAGAGAGAGCACACCUGUCUCUUCUCAUGAGCAUCGCUUUAUUGGAAAGCUAAACAUAUGUUUAACUGGCAUUCAGAUCAGGCAAUGGAAAUGCAAAAACAGGCGGAAAGCCAUAAAUGGAAAUACAAAAAGGGUGUAGGAUGGACCCCCAACAAUGCUGGGCUCUUGUUCAGGUCUUCUACCAGCUCAGGUCCAUGAUUUGCCACUUCCCCCGCAUUGGCAAUCAUCUAUAUACAAUUAACAAAUCCAUCCAUCUUCAACCUGAUUGGGUUUCUGUUAAUGGAAAGAGUUGAUCAUGAAGACUCCCCCUUCUCAGCUAAGUGAAGAAUUUACAACAAAUACUUAACUAAUUAGGAUGGCCUCAGCUGUUAGCAGUCAGGUGUCAACUCAUAACAAUGAGCGCUGCUCCUUAUGGUAAUGGGUUUCAAUUGCUUUGUUUGUGUGACCUAAGUCAGUGCUUUCUUGCUUACCCCAGUAAAAAUGUGGAAACUGGCUUUGCGAGCCUGUCUCUUCACAAAGUUAUCCAAAAGUUGUUCCAGCCUUUAUGUACUGGAGGAUGCCUACAAGA